AUGUCUUUCCUUCAUGGAGUUUUAAGUAACAUUCAUGGUCAUUUAGGCUUACAUAGUUAUCACAUUACAACAGCAAUUGACUCUCUUGACACCAAUAAACACCGUGGUAAAGAAGGUUUUAAUGCUGCGAUUCGCGCAGUGGUCAAGGGGGUGGGGGAGUAUAAUGAGGGUGUGAGGAGAUCCAAUCAGGAAGUUAAAAAACCUAUUGAAGUAUUGUAUAAUUACGUGAAAGACAACGGUGCGUUUGACACUGAUUUCAAUAAAAUUCAAGUUGAUAAAGUGACUUCGAAGCGUGAGGACGACGAGGUGAAGAAGGCUGAGACGUUGGUGACGGAGUGCCUGAAAAAUGCCAAGCAGUUCAAUGAUGCUUUAGAUGUCAGCACAAAAGAUGAGGUGAAAAAUGCAAUUGAAGAUUUAAGUGGCAACUUGCGUGAUACAGUGUUGCGUGUUCGUAAGACUGUUGAGUAUGAGACUCAGAGUCUCAGUGAGAUGUCAAGGAGAGAAGCUGUGGUGUUGAAGGCGACGAAACGCAGAACUGCGGAGAUACUCGGCCAUCUUGGGAAGCAGGUUAAUUAUCAGAUUGAGACGCGGGUAAAUGGCCUUGUUUACGGGUUGAAUGUAAAGGUUGCCCGAAUUCAAAAACAACUUGAGGAUAUCAACAGAGAGUUAGUUGAGCACGUCAACGAGUUAUAUAAGUGGAUUGAGCAGGCGGAGAGUGUUUUGCAAGAUGCGUUGAGUAAGGUGGAUGAAAUAUUGAAGAAAGUGGAGUGGGAUGAUGGAAAUGAAUAUCCCAGGCAGAUAAGGUCAGUUGUGGAGCAGAUCAAGACAUCAGUCAUGGUGUUGCACAGUGCCGGUGAGGCGGCAAGGGAGAAAGUUGAGGAGAAGGUUAAGGAGGCGCUUACGGCAGUGAACGCAAUGAACGAAGCGGUUAAAGAUGGUCUGGGGCAGAUAAAAAUCCAAGUUCAGAGUGUGAUCGGGGAAUAUGUUUAUAAUUAUGUCACGGCUGUUCAAACUAAGGUUAGGCAGAUUAAGGGCGGGAAAAGUUCACACGACAAAGGUCUUGAGGAUAUUGUUAACGCAAUGAAGGCGUGGGUGCAGACGUUCACUAAGGAUGGCAGCGUUAAGGGAUCGUUUGGGGAUAAAGUGGCGGACUGGGUGGAAUAUAUUUUGGUGUAUAAUGAGUUUGUAAAAGGUUUACUGAAGCAGUAUGUUGAGGAUCUUGGUAUGGAAAAGAGUAAGCUGAAUGACAACUGGGAUGAACGUGAGGAGCAAUUUAGUCGAGACGGCAACCUGCAAAUCGCUGAAACAAUAAAGAUUCAGCUUAAAGAUCACGGUAUUGACGAUGCCGGCCAAGAGGUCCAAAGUCACAUCCGACUUGAAAGUGAUGGCACCAACAAAAUUGAUACAUACGUCGUCGCGGUUCAGGCAGGUUGCCAGACUUUUGCCAGGUUACUUGGGCCGAAGAUUAAGGAGGAAAUAGGCGUGAAUGUUAAUGGUUUUGUCAAGGGUAUUGCCGCUAAGGUUGAGGAAUCAGUUAGGAGUGAUGAUGUUUCCACCAGCAAUCCCAAUCUACAGUCCGCUGUCCAAUACAUUCUACACCAGCUCGUCGUUGCAGCCAAGCAAACCGGAGAGGAACUUGGAUCAUUCACUGGUGACGAUGCCUCUAAGAUGAGCGCAAACGUACACGCUGCGCUCGGAGUGGCCACCGUUCUCGACAAGGAUUUUGACAAAGCCCUUAAAAAACUCGAACCCCAUGAAUACCAGUCCGCAAAAACCUUCAAAUCCGGCUCUUCAGCUACGGAUCAGAUUGAUGCCAAUAUACAACAGACUAUCAGCGAUGCACUGGAUAAGCAGAUUGGGCCGACUGGUGCUGAUGGUAAGGUAAACAUACCGUCUGGUAAAUUCAGCACGUAUCCUACCUACAUUGUCCAAAAAAACCUUUCGGCCAAAUCAAUUCUACAAGGCAAAGAAGAGGAGGGCAAACUUCCAAAAGCCAUCGGCGAGAUCAGGACAAAAGUGACCGAGGCUCUGACAUCAAUCGAGCAGCAUAAAAAGUUUGCCGACGACGAUUUGCAAUCGGUUACACAAAAACUUAGUAUGUUCUGCGGUGCCAUCAAGCAGGCAGCGGGGGAGGAUAACGCAGAAGGGCUGAAGAAGAAGCUGAAGCAGUUGAAGGAAACGUAUUUCAAGACAGGCGGCACCGACGCCACUAGCAUUUACAAGAUUUACAAAGAUCUCAGUGCGUUGCAGAGCAGGCUAGCUGAGGGACCGAUAAAGGACAUUGAGACAUUCCUUAAGGACGCCAGCCGGCUACGCGAUGAAACCGUCGAGUAUCUCAAGGAAGAGGUCAAAAAGGAAAUUAUUGAUGCGCAAGCCAAAAUGGUCACGCACGCACGCAAGCAGUACGUCACGUCUAUUAAGGACAUGUUAGCCGCGUUUGCUCAGAAGACAACGAGCGAGUUGACACUCCUACCUCAGCAAAUAGAAAACGACAGACAUGUCGGCGCAAAAGGCUUCAUGAAGAAACUCCACGGCCAAUUUAUUUCCAGAAUAGAAGAUUUCUUCCCAAAACGAGACGUCUCUCCUGACCAGCAGAAGAAAUUAAAAGACUUCGCCGACAUCAUACGUUAUCUAUUCAAUGAUUUCGUUGAGUUACUAUAUGGUCAAGAUGAUUUUGGCAAGAGUGUACAUAAAUUCUUCGAGCCGUCACGUCAAGCAUUGCACCGUCUGCUUACUGACCUUAUCGCUUCACAACACUUCGACCGCACAUUCAAUACGAACAUAGAUAAUUUUAAUACAGUUCUGCAUAACUUUGCACCUAAACAAUUCGCCGGUCCGUGCAGUCCUCUGCUGGACGCGCUUAAUGCCGGUCUUAACAGGCUGGGCACCGAGCUUAAUAAGGCUUACGUUAGCGCGUAUGACGGUGAGAAACCUACAGAUGGCUGGGUGACAGAGGUCACUGAAACAUCCAAGUCGUCUGAUGUUGCUUCACCGAAAUACAAGUUUACCGAUGAGGGGGAGAAAUGUGCAAAAGUAUGUGCGACGCUGCUCUCUACUCUAUACACGAAGUUGAGUGACCUGAGGCAAAGAUGUAAGAAUGGUGUCAGAAAUGGUUUCAAUAAAGAUACCAUUAACAAAACUACGCGUCUCGGAAGAUUCUUCGACGGGGAAGGAUUUGUUGUUUCUGACCCCGAUGACCAGAACGGUGAGCUUCAGCACAAAAAAGGUUUCACGGGUCAGAAUAUUUAUGCGAAAUUGAUUACAGAAAUUACCGGUCAAAAUUCCCAAAAGUAUAAGCUUGUCAGCGAUGACGAUGAUCAACAUGUCGACAAGCGUCAAAUUGCAUCUGGUGAGACAAUUCCUUCACCAAAGUACAGUGUCCUCAGAGAUCUCGUCGGACAUCUCCACGAUUAUUUCAGUGUUAACCACUACGCAACUUCAUUCUCCACUAAGCAUCCAUCAUCCAUAAAAGAUAUGCUUCAAUGGCUGGCCGGCCUCCCGCAUAAUCACAUUUUCACCAAACUCCCGCAUCACGUUAAGACAUUGUUCGACAGGCCUAAAGAGCGGGAGCAUGAAGAUUAUUCCGCAUUCCAGCCACACGAACUUAAACUAGAUGCCACAGUUCCGUUGUCAGCCGAAACAAUAAUCAAGGAAUUGGGAAUGGUAUGCUCACAGUCUCACUCAGUUCUCACUUCCAUUCAAGGCCACGGUCACUCGGGCGGAAUUUACGCCUGCGACUUUUAUACCAACUCAGCAAAAUUAGUGUAUCCCUCUAACCCCGGUAAAUGCUUAGAUUUACUAGCAGAGAUAUUAAGUAGACUGUUCCACCAACUUAAUUUCCUAUAUAAGCAGUGUACCUAUCCUAUGGACCUCGGCGGCUGGCGUAACUGCUGGUACGGCCAGGGAGUCGGCGGCUCUGGUUGGCAGUGUAAUGAGAAACAAUGUGCUAACCUAGAGUGUAAGCUAACACCUAACCAACGCGCUAACCUAAGUGCUAACCAAAAUGGUAACCAAACGUGUGAGCAGCAUCCAAAAUGUGGCCUUAAGUCGCCUUUGCAAUCCUUUUUGGAGGAUGGCCUUCAGGCUUUCUUGCCACACCGAUUCUCUCAAAAUAAUUGCAAAAUAACAUGCGACGCUCCAAAUCACAGAGGCGUCCCUUGCAAAACGCCAUUUGGCUUGGUGGACCUUUCCACUGUUGCAUCGCAUACGAGCAGCGGCUCUAGACUAUACCGUGCGCUUAAGGAACUCUGUGGCACUUCGGCUUCACCGCUCAGUAGGCCACCUCAGACAUUAGGUGAUUUGUUUUCAUUCUACCAUAGUUUUAUUACAACCUGGGGAGACAAGGGCAGAAAGCACAAAAAAGACGCCUUUGAUUUAGCCGUUCAAAAGGCUCACUUCGAACGUCCUUAUGAGGACCUUGAUGUCUAUUCCAUAUUUAACGGCAGCCACUCAGCAAAAGUGGCGGGCCAUGGCAACGGUGAUCUCCUCAGCCUUGUAUGCAGCACACAGUCGCCAGGCAAAUGUGGUCUAUAUUUGAGUUCUCUAAGUGACCAUAUCAGCGCCACGUUCUCUGCAAAACACGGUGACAAAUACCUAUCGUGGAUCGUUUACAUGACAGAGACGUUUUACGAUCUGCUUAAGAAGUUGUUUGAUGAGUGCAACGGUAGUUGCGGCGGUGACAGGCCCAGAUGCCGUAUCGCAAAAUGUCCAGAAAUCUGCAAGGUUGCCAAGCAGCCGACCAAAUCCCAUCACAGAGACCCAUGCAAAUCCAUUGUCAACUGCAAUAGUACACUGCCGACAUUGUGCAAAUAUGGCUUCACAAUUAACAGCCCAUCUAAAAUGGCCGGUAAGGAUGACCCAGCACUCAAACGUACGUGCCACGAUUUGUGCACAAUAUUGGAAAAAAUUGUAAAAGAAGGCAGUGUACUCUAUAAUUUAGUACACAAAACAAUUCCGAAAUACUUAUUUGAAAUACGUUCUAAGUUCAUCUGGACAUUAUUAUCCCUCUGGUCGCUCUCGCUCCUCUACCUGCUGCACAUCCUCGCCGUCCGCCUCGACGUCCUGAAGAUACGCUCCCACCUGAGGUCGCCCUCAAGCCACCGCAUCGCCGCGCAGUCGCUACUCGCCGCCGCACGCGUCAAGGCACUCGCCAACGUCAAGUACUUCUCACCAUAA